ACCACUAAUUUUCUCUCGCAUCUCCAGUCGCAGAAGCAAGCCAACCAAGAUGGGUCGCGUGCGCACGAAGACGGUGAAGAAGGCCGCCAAGGUCAUGAUUGAGAAGUACUACACUCGCCUCACCAACGACUUUGAGACCAACAAGCGCCUGGUGGAGGAGUUUGCGAUUGUGCCUUCGAAGCGGCUGCGGAACCAGAUUGCUGGCUUCAUCACGCACCUCAUGAAGCGCAUCCAGAAGGGCCCUGUGCGCGGCAUCUCCAUCAAGCUGCAGGAGGAGGAGCGCGAGCGCCGCGACAACUACGUGCCCGAGGUCUCUGCCAUCCACGCCGACGACACCAUCCCCGUGGAUCAGGACACGUUUGACAUGCUGCAGUCCAUUGGCUACAGCACACUCGACCGCCUUCGCGUCGAGGGCCGAUGAUCUGUCUCUCUCCUUUCUCUCUUCGCUGCGUGGUAUCCAACUAUCUGCCUGCUACCUCUCUCUCUCCCUCUCUCUCUCUGCGUGCCCUCCCCUCGGUGUCACAUCACGCUUGUCAUUCAUCACACAUUACAACCAGUUCGGCUUAUCCAAGCCAACGCAU